AUGGGGGAGGUGAUAAUAAAGCAAGGUUUCCUGUACUUUCAACAACAGCAGACUUUUGGGAAGAAGUGGCGGCGAUUCUGGGCUGUACUGUAUGGAGAGUCCAGUUGUUCCUUAGCCCGGCUGGAGCUUCAGGAGGGCCCUGAGAAACCCCGUCGGGGGGAGGCUGCCCGACGAGUCAUCCGCCUCAGUGACUGUUUGCGGGCAGCUGAGGCUGGAGGGGAGGCUGGCAGCCCCAAGGACACCAGCCCCUUCCUGUUGGAGACCACCGAGCGCUUAUGCCUUCUAGCCGCCCCGACCCUUGAGCGCGGUGACUGGCUCCAAGCCAUUUGCCACCUGGCUUUUCCGUUGCAGAGAAUAGAACGGAGGGAGCCAAUAGGGCAGGAAGACUCCACUUCAAAGCAGCAUGACUUACCAUGCAUGGAAGAGAAUGUCUUGUAUAGCUCUACACCCUCAGUGACCCCAAAGAAGGAUUUUGUUGUGACUGUGAGACCUACAGAAGCAAGUGAACGGUGCCAACUUCAGGGGUCUUAUAAACUUCGGGCAGGAGAGAGUGCCCUCGAACUUUGGGGUGGCUCUGAACCAGGAACUAUAUUGUUUACCUGGCCCUAUAGAUUUCUUCGACGAUUUGGGAGAGAUAAGGUCACGUUUUCCUUUGAGGCUGGCCGUCGAUGUGCCUCAGGGGAAGGGAACUUCGAGUUUGAAACUCGUAAGGGCAAUGAGAUCUUUCUGGCUCUGGAGGAUGCAAUUUCUGCCCAGAAGAACUCUGCCUCUUCUGGAACCUCUGCUCAACCAACUGUAGUAUCAUCAUCCUUACCAGUACUUGAAAGCCCAUAUUCCAGGCCUCAUGACUCCCUCCCCCCACCAUCCCCAACCAUUCCUCCUUCCCGAUAUUCCAGAGCCCCAGAGGGUGAGUAUGCUGUACCCUUUGAUUCAGUGGCUAGGUCCCUAUUGGGGAAUAGCCCGAGGGAAGUACUGCCCACCCCUCCGAAGCCCAGAGUGGACCCACUCUAUGACUGCAUUGAGGAGCAGCUCCUGCAUCACCCCGAUCACAUCUAUGAUGAACCAGAGGGAGUGGCUGCCUUAUCCCUGUAUGACAGCCCCCAGGAGCCCCAGGGGGAGGCCUGGAGGACACAGGCCAAAGCUGAUGAUGAUCACAGGAGACCCUACAAAGGUGGCCUUGGGGACUUCUUGGGGGCUACUCUGUCUGGCUGGUCUGAGGGAGCUGAAUAUGACAAUGUGGUCCUCAAAAGGGGGUCAAAGUGA